CAGAUAAUAGGUAAGCUAUCUCUUCAAUUAUUCACUAAGAUGCCUCUGCUCACUAAUGGCUUUAUUAGGUUUUAAUUUUUCCCCAUCAUCUCUCACUCCUUCCCUCAUUUCCUCUCUUCCCACUCUCCCUCUCCUUCCUUCUCGUCUUCCGUUCUCCGCUCAUCCUUUCACCAGAAGGAGGAGCUCAGUGUUAAGUGUGAGAAAUCUUGGUUAUAAGAGUGAAUUGCGAGUUGGUGAGUUGAUGGAACCAGGCAAGGAGACAUUUGAGCUCAAUCGGAUCCUUCAUGCACCGAUUGAGCCGUAUAAUACUGGUUUUUUGAAGGUUUCUGAUCUUCACACUGUCUACUAUGAGCAAUCUGGAAAUCCUAGUGGCCAUCCAGUUGUCUUUCUUCAUGGGGGCCCAGGUGGAGGAACCACACCAAGUAAUCGUAGAUUUUUUGAUCCAGAUUUUUACCGAAUCAUUCUAUUUGACCAGAGAGGUGCAGGAAAGAGUACACCUCAUGCUUGCCUAGUAGAAAAUACCACAUGGGACCUUAUUGCUGACAUUGAAAAACUAAGAGAACACUUGGAAAUUCCAGAAUGGCAGGUAUUUGGUGGGUCAUGGGGAAGUACACUGGCCCUUGCAUACAGUGAAGCUCACCCUGACAAGGUUACUGGCAUGGUCCUCAGAGGGAUAUUUCUUCUGCGAAAGAAAGAGAUUGAUUGGUUUUAUGAGGGUGGUGCUGCUGCUAUUUACCCAGAUGCUUGGGAGCCUUUUAGAGAUCUUAUCCCGGAAAAUGAAAGGGGAUGCUUUGUUGAUGCUUACAGCAAGAGAUUGAACUCUGAAGACAUGGAAACACAAUAUGCAGCUGCAAGAGCAUGGACCAAAUGGGAAAUGAUGACUGCUCAUCUUCUUCCAAAUGAAGAGAACAUCAAGAGAGGGGAUGAUGAUGAUUUUUCUUUGGCAUUUGCAAGGAUUGAAAACCAUUACUUUGUGAACAAGGGCUUUUUUCCUUCAGAUUCCUUCCUGCUAGACAAUGUUGAUAAAAUAAGGCAUAUAAAGACUACAAUUGUACAGGGAAGAUAUGAUGUUUGUUGUCCUAUGAUGUCUGCAUGGGAUCUUCAUAAGGCAUGGCCAGAGGCAGAUUUUAAGGUUGUUCAAGAUGCAGGACAUUCUGCUAAUGAACCAGGAAUAGCUGCAGGACUUGUAGCUGCAAAUGAGAAGCUCAAAAACAUUAUAAAGAAGGGAUCCUGAAAGAAGAUGUGCAUCAAGCUACCCCUAAGAUCAACAUUCUUGGGAACAUGAAUUGCUAUCAACAGAGAAGGUAAACAGAUUAGAUGUUGAAAAGAAUUGAGGAACUCUGUUAUUCAUGUGCUCUCUGCAGCCGUUUUCUUCAAUGGAAGGAUGGAUUUUCCUAGUAUGUCGAACCUUAGUUUUGUGUUUUGGAUUUAUGGUUUUACAUUUGGAUCAGUUUGUGAAUUUGAAUUUUAAUCAAAUUCAAUAUAAAUAUAAACACUUAAAUAAAGGAUUUGAAAUUGAAAUUCACAUUUAUUUUA